AUGGAGUCCGGUGGAUUUAAUCAUUUUAUUGUCGCCCGACUCCUACCAUCAUAUCCGCCCACCACCUCCGACCGGCGAUACCAUCGGCAUCCGGCAACCGACCAAACUCUCCGACCACUUGCUCCGGCGACAACACUUCACGGCACCCGGGACCUGCACAUUCACUUCCCAUUUUUGUCUCUGCGGCUUUCACGGCGACCUCGCCUCACCGGCUUGACACCUGUUUUCCGCCGAUGCCGUCGAACCGACCGACGACGUUCGAGCUAUUCCCGGCGUCGAGCUGCUGUCCAUCCGAUUGCCGUGUUCGCGAGCUUCCAGCUCUGCCCGUCACACUCGAACUCCGGCAAGCUCGACUUCCCUAACCUAUCCUCUGAACCCCGGCGACACGCGUUCGCGGCAGCAGGUUUCCGGCGAUCGUGCCCACGUCCGUUCAUCUCUCGAGCAUACUCUCCUUCCGACUACCGAGCGCAUCAUUUUCCGUGGCCCCGACUGUUACCG